AUGCCGAACAAAAUCUUUAAAAGAGCUCUCAGAAAACUUCAUAUAGUUCGGUCUUGUGACGAUGAGUCUUCCUUGCCUAGCAAAAGCAAAACGACCCAAAAGGUUGAACCCUUCUGCUUAGACUCAGGGUUCCUCAACCUGCCUCUCGACAUCUUUAACCUAAUCCUCACCCAUCUUGUCUACGCAGAUAUAGUAUCCCUCUCCCUAACCACUAAAUCCCUUCGCGAUAUCUGCCCACAUCCGUCUUCAAAAGUUUCUCCAGAAUCAGAGUGCAGAAGCCAAGUGUAUCAACGAUGCCUCCCCUACCAAAGGGAUAGUAGCAAGAGUUACAAGAAAUCAAUUUUAAUCCGAGGCCCCACACAGGAAAACUGUAGCCCUUGGGAAGGAAAAUGUUCAUACUGCCUUCACCCUCUGUGUCCCCCAACCUGUCCCUCGGCUCUUAUCUUAGACUAUCGGACCGGUAUACUCUAUCCCGCAUCCCUCUACCCGUUCCACCUCGCCACCCCUGCACCCACAGACGGCUUUCCAGAAACAUCGGGUUGUCUCGAACGUUUCGUCCCAGGUGAUAAACUAUUAAAAUCCCAAUGGAAUAACUCUCCGAUAUUCCCCCCAGACAAUCCAAUUUACAAAACCAUAUGGUGCGAACACCACCGCUGUCCCGAAUCACUCCUUAAAGAUAACUACAUGAAGGAAGACGCACCAACAGGCGUCUAUAGACUUUACGGAGACUAUUAUGCUGAUGGGAAUUGGGAGACAGCAAGAAACGGUCCUCCAAAAAACUCUCGAAGGACGCAGUUCACAAUCCCACAUACUAAAUUUUUAGCGGGGUAUCGGAAAACACCGUUGAAUGAAUCUCCUAAGAGGAGUAGUGAACGGCCACCAUCUGCAAGUCAGCCGAGUACAUUAGAGCCACUGGACAACGUUGUGAAGUUCUAUAAGUUGAACCUGAACAACGGUAUCGAUCCUAGCUUUGACUCUGAACGAGAUCAAGACCCGAUCGACGAACCAUACUUCUACGACACCCUUUGUCGGCACUGUUUCCUCCCCCUCAAACGCCCCGACACUGCAGUUAUAUUCUGGUCCAAAAGGACCUGCGAGUGCGCGCAGAAACGCCCAUUUAAGUCCCGCCUAGGCGAGCAAAGUCACAAUCCAAUUAUUACCAAACCCGGUUGUAGCGGCUGUGGUAUCGUUAGUGUCAAAUUCACGAUAAUCGAAGCAUUUACACCAGUCCCGGCUUACGAUUCUCAUAUUCAUUUCUCCCUAGUCCUCGCGUCAGAGAUGCAAAUUGGCAGUAUUCGGUUGAAUCCAGGAGAGAGACUACUAAAUAGCUCCUCAAGACGCCUUCCCACACCGACAAAUCGACCUGCGGCCCCUCAUUUACAGCGACGGUUACUUCUUCUCAACCCCGAAAAACAUCAACAAUCUCUCACUAUAAUUCGCUACGAACCCAUCAUACCCUUGCCACCCAAAACACUCAGAGGCUUACAAAACCUCCCCUCCCCUAUCAUCAAUAGGAUUUUAAUCUACGUCCUUUAUAACACUAGGUAUCGAAAACUAAGAUACAUUUCAGAAGCUCGCCGUUUGAUAUUCCAUGGGUGGGCUGACUGGACUUGGGAUAAUUAUCGUAAUGCACCUGCUGGCACUUGUUCGGAAUGUCGCAAGUUUAAAAGUCUAGAUAGGGAAACUCGCUUGCGCUCGACAUGGCGUUGUACUGAUGAUUGCAACUAUGGUUUUCAUAUGUUUAUGACGAAAGGUAGUAUGAGAGGUCAUUAG